GAUAAUCAAAUGGCAGAUGCAACUCAAGUAGAAGACAAAAUGUCUGAAGAGAUCUCAGAAAACACCCCUGGCAAGAAGCAAGAAACCCCUGAAGAGAUGCUUUCUAGGCACAGGAAAGAGAUAACGGAUCUACAGAACAAGGAAAUUGCAAUGAAAAAGGCAGCAGCUAAAGGCAGCAAGGCUGAACAGAAAGCUAAGAAAAAACAAGUUGAUGAAGAGAUAUCUAAGCUUUCAGUGAAGCUCAAAGAAAGACAUGCUGAGGAACUGGCUUCUGUAGGCUAUAGCACUGGUGCUGGGAAUGGAAGAGGAAAUCUCGACAAUUUGGUAAACGCCAUUGCUGGGGUUUCAGUCACCGAUCAAGCUGACCAUUCAAAACCUAGCAAGGGUGUCAAGCGGCGUGAGAAAAGAUCUCAACAGGAAGCUGCAAGAGAACAAAGAAUACAAGAAGAGCAGAGCAAGAUCGUAAGUGACCGAAGGAUUGAAAGCGAGAAGUUAGAACAAAAGUUGGAACCCCUUGGAUUGACCAUUAAUGAAAUAAAGCCUGAUGGGCACUGUCUCUACCGAGCUGUUGAGAAUCAGUUGGCCCUCCACUCCGGAGGUUCUUCUCCUUAUACUUACCAAGAACUUCGGGAAAUGGUAGCUGCUUAUAUGCGGAAGCAUGCAUCUGAUUUUCUUCCAUUUUUUCUCUCUGAGAAUAUAGCUGAGGGAGAAUCUGAGGAAUCUCUUGCAGAAAGGUUUGAGAAUUACUGUAGAGAAGUGGAGUCAACAGCAGCAUGGGGUGGACAACUAGAACUCGGUGCUUUAACCCAUUGCCUGAAGAAACAUAUCACUGUAUUUUCAGGAUCUUUUCCUGAUGUAGAGAUGGGAAAGGAAUACAAAUCUGGUGAUGGAUCUGGCUCAUCUUCUUCAAGUAUUAUAUUAUCGUAUCAUAGGCAUGCUUUUGGGCUCGGUGAGCAUUAUAAUUCAGUCGUCCCCAGUUGAGUUUGAUACUCGUUUGCUGCUGAAAGAUACCGUCAAAAGUAUCAUUAUAUUUUAUGUUCAUUUGAUGCUCUUGGUAAAGAGAACCAGUUUAAGCUACAGUUGCUUUAUCACAAUGUUAAUGAUUUCGGACACAGAUUUUUCUGAUAAGUCAUCUUUGUAAAAGUAAAACAUCUCUUAUUUCAGGUUUGUUUAAGUUGGCAUUCUAUCUUCACUUGUGAAUUAACAGGCAUAUUCGAAACAGCUAUGGUUCCUUUCUUGUUUUAAACGAAAAUUUUUGGUUUGCGACUGCUUUCUGCAGUAUUGUGAAAUA